AGUCAGGAAGGAAACAAACCUAGAGAAAUCCGGUGAGAUCAUGGCAUCGCGUGCUUUAGCGAUUGGUUUCGCGAAAUUCGCUCUUCGAAGGGUACAGAGCGUGCCUUCCCAUAGAUGUAUGUCAGCAAUACCCCAGCCGGCGCCGGACAACUCGAACAAACAGUAUCCAGAGAAGAUUUCCAAUAUUGUCUCAGAAAUCUCGAAACUAACACUCAUCGAAGUUGCCGAUCUCAAUGAAUUGCUGAAGAGGACACUGAACAUUCAAGAAGCAGCGGUUGUUGCUGCAGCCGCCCCGGCCGCCAGCGCCCCAGUCGAAGAGGAAGAUGAACCGCAAGUUCAGAAAAUUCAGACUUCAUUCGCGGUGAAACUGACGAAGUUCGACGAGACUAAGAAAAUCAAUCUCAUCAAAGAAUUGAAAAAUCUUAUGGAAGGGACGAAUCUCGUACAAGCGAAGAAAUUCGUUGAAGGAGCACCCCAAAUCAUCAAGGCUGAUCUAACGAGGGAAGAGGCAGAGGCGUUGCAGAAGUCCGUCGAAGCUGCCGGUGGGACUUGUGAGAUAGUGUAGGCAGAACGGAAUCAUCAUUAUCGAUUGUAGGCUUCAAUAAACUUUUCUCACCAAAAUAUCCACGGAA